AUCAGAGACAAGAAAAACAUAAAUUUAACAUAACACAGAAGAACAAACACAAAGCAGGAAAGUCCAUUUUAGUGUAAAGUGGUUAUAGUGUUACUAUAGUGAUUAGGGUUUGCUGGUUGGAUCAAGAACCAAAUGGUUGAUGCUAAGUGGCUGUUCCUGAACCUGGUGAUAUAGACUUCAGCUCUCUGCUCCUCCUAUCCCAUGGGCGCUGCGAGAAGAUGGCAUGGCCCAGAUGUUGGGAAUCUUUGAUGAUGGAUGUUCCUGAGGCAGCACCUCCUGCGGAUGCUGCUGAUGGUGGGAAGGAACAUACAUGCAAUGUCUUGGGCUGAGUCCACCACUCUCUUCUUUCGAAUUGCCCUACCAUGAUGGAGACUUUCAACAGUACACCCGGCUGUACAAAGAUCUGUCUGGAUGGCACGCAAAUCCACUGUUCCUCGGCACAUGGGACAAUAAAAAAAAACCAGCAAUUAUCAGUUACAAUUAGUAGCCACAUUUCCAAAUCCUGUUUGGAAAGAUUCCACGGAUCUCUCUGUGGAUGGAGGCGCGGGGCUGGAUUCAUGAGCGAGACCCAUUGUAUAUUGUGUUUGGGACGGAGAUCUUUUCGAAGAGCCUUCAGGAUGUUCACAGGAGCCGGUUUUCCACACCAGCCCUCCAUUCGGCGAGCGUUCACGUUGCCAUGGUAAUCCACGGACCCGAAAGUGCGACGGUGACCCGGAAACGAUCUGCUCCGGUCGCCAUCAUGGCUCAGGCCUGUGGCGGCGGCGGCGGUCUUCGCCGUGCUGAUGCCGACCCGGAGUUCACCCUGGCCGGCUGCGCGGCGGCACUGGAAGCGGCAUUAGGCGGCGGAGAGGCCGGCUGCAUCUGGUUCAAGGAGAGCAAGGGGCGCAACCUGAGGUCCCGCGACUGGAUCGCCCCCCGAGGGGCCCUACGCAAACUCUAUCCGCAGGGGCAGGUUCCUGAAGAUGUCAUAGAAAGACUACUGUCGGAGUAUGGUCAUCGCCUGUACAUACACAGCUGUGCACAGACAGGAGCUGGGGCUGUAAUUCACUUGGACCAUCCUGCCCUUUUUAAGCAGAUUCUGAACAAUCUCCCGCUCUACACGAGGCCUCUGAAGAACGUAUUGCCAAAGAAGAAAUGUGUGAUUCUGAACUGCGCACCUUUGCAGGCCAGUAAGGGCCCUGAAUUGCUGACAGUUAAUCACUUGCGAGCUAUCCUCCUGGCAGACCAUUUAGCUGAAGUGUUAAGGCAACAAGGUUAUGUCGUGCACACAGUGCCAAAUCUUCGGCAAAAUGCUGCAGCCUGCAACUUCCUGAAAUCGCUAGGCGUCAGCUGGACUUCAUCCCAACAGACUGCUUUGGACAAUGGAAGAGUUUCUGACUUCAAGAAGAUUCUUUCAGAAUCAGCUUACACGCGGCGUGGGCAGUUGGAGGCCGUUCCAGAUCAGACACGUAACACGCUGCCAAAAGGUGUGCACUACAAGGUGCACCUAAGUCAGUUCGUGAAGGAGAAGGCGCUAGAAGGUUAUGAUACAAAUUUGGAUGUGGCUCUGGUGAAGGAGGAGACCCUGAGACAGAUAGCAGAGCUUCAGCAUGCAGUCUCACAGUCUCAGGAGGAUCUGGACCAAUGUAUGGUGAUUCAUGUGGUGGGCUGUGAGGAGGAGUUUCAGCAGCAGAAGGUCGAUGUGCUCUGGCGGAUUCUGAAUCCUGAGAUUAAUCAAGUAACCCAGAGACACCUUGUGUGUGGCCCAGUGAGAAAAUCUGGGGAACAUUCACAUAUCAGUGCUCUUCAGUAUUUUGAAUUUCGAAGGUCUCAAAUGCAAGAAGCAUCUGUGAUGAAAUAUGGAGACAAGGUGCAAGGUGGUUCAUGGGCUGAAAUCAUCAAUAGCAUGACCUCCGCUGUCAUCAGGUUUGAACUGCUGGCAGUCACACACCGCAGUCCACUGAAUUUAGACCUGACCCAAGGAGUCAGUAUUUCGACCAAAGGGACGAGGAGUGGGGCAUUUGUCAUGUACAACUGUGCCAGGCUUGCAACCUUGUUCAAUCAUUUCAGCAGUUCUGUGGAGAAAGGAUUGUACCCACAUUUCCCAGAAACAUCCCAGUUGAAUUAUUUUGCACUCCAGGAAGAGGGCGAAUGGCUGUUGCUAUAUAAUUACAUUAUUCCUUUCCGAGAAGCUCUGGUCCAGAUUACUCAUUCCCUGGGUUCAGCUAAAGGGAUCCAUCUGAGCAUCAACACAGAAACAGUGUGCAAGUUUCUUGUAAACCUCAGCAUGGAUUUCAGCUCCUAUUACAACCGUGUGCACAUCUUGGGAGAACCACGGGAACAUUUAUUCAACCAGAUGUUCACACGCCUGCAGCUGAUGAAAGGAUUGAGAGAGGUGUUUCAUACAGCACUGGGAACCCUCCACAUCCCACCACCCAGCCAGCUCUGAGGAUCCGGUACACCCAGAACUCCAUUCCACACCAUUGGGUUGAAAGAAAGGAACAAAGAAUCAGGUGGCCUUCUGCCUUCAUCAUCUGCUGACCUGUGGACUGAAGCAGAGAAACUUCGACAUUUGUUUGUCGGUGCCAUGUCUCUGCCUGUAAUACCUCCGUAUAAAUAGGUGACUUUACCAAAUGGGAUUUUGAAAGGUGGUAGUCUGAUUAUAGAUCUGCUUCGUCUACUGUUCCUGUUAGCUAUCACUUUCUGUCCAUCACCCAGACAUCCUGACUAUCAAUACUUCACAGAACAAGUAUUGAACAUUGGAUGGUACUGUAUGAAGGUAGUCUUUCUGGGUUCAGUAACCGGGAGAGAGAUCCAUUUUUCAUCAUGUGAACAUUGUUCUGUCCUCUGUGACCAUUCUUGACCAGAUUUUAUUUGUACCUAUUUAUUUCAACCGUUUCUUAGAUAAACAUAACUACGCAAGCACUUACACACAAACGACUGCUUGGUUGUAGACUUUACAACAUCUCAUGGCAGAUGCAGUGUGAGUAAUUGUCAAAGCACUUGCUUGGAGACUGGUUCCAGGUGGCAUCAACCAAAUGUUCAGCUGUGGAGUGAAUUUAGAGCAGCACAUGACAUUCUUGGCCUUUACUCUGACCAGUUAUGGAGAAGUAUGAAAUUGUUCUAACCUAUUGCAGCUCGGGGCAUCAGGAGUUCAAUUCCAAGGUCCUCUUUAAGACCUUCCUGUGAGCAGUUACACUGGCUUCCUCCCACCAGUCGGUAGGCUAAUUGUUCAUGGUAGAUUGUCCUAUGAUUAGGUUGGGGGAUAGCGUUGCUUGUUGGACCACAAGGGCCUGUUCCGCAUUGCAUCUCGAAAUAAUAGUAUUCUUUUCCGUAAGUCAGAGCAUCUCUAAGUAGACAGUGGCAUGUAUCUCUGUUGAAUUAUCAGCAGUGAAGAAACAAAGAUCCAUGAAUCUCCACACUGAUGAGGAAAUUUUCAGCUAAUAUGAAAUAUUACUGCUGACCGUUAAGGAUCUCUGUCCACAACACCGCCUACAAUUUUUGACCCCAAUAUUUCUACUUGUUUUUUUCUCAUGGAGCUCAUUUGUUCCUGAUUCAAGCAUUUUUCUUCCCUCAUCCAAAUCUUUUGCCCAGCUACAUUCAGACACACUGCACCAUGUCCAUAAUUUCCAGGCCCUGACAUUCUCCUUUUCAUUAUCAGUAUCCGGUCCAUGUACCAGCACUUUGAUAUAAAAAGACUCAGUUCCAUUUGUCUCUGCAAACGAAAGGUGUUAUGGAAUCCAAACAAGUCUUGGCUGUGCCUGGCUUUUAUGGGGCACGUGGAACAUUUUUCAUUCCAUUCCCAUUCCCAUUCAAGUCCUCUGUCUGUUUUUGGUUCAUUCAGUUUUGCUUUCACCAUUAAGUAAAAUGGCGAAAAAUGACUGUUUUGACCACAUCUUCUCUCACCUUCAUAUAAUCUAUCCAUAUAAUUUCCCUAACUUCCUGUUCUGUGGUCCUGGGACUUUGUUGUCAAUCAUUAUCCAAAUCUACUUUGGCCAUUCUCCACAAUGUUUCCUGUGAGGCUUAUAUCAUCGAGCACUAUAGCACAAAAACAGGCCCUUUAGCCCAUCUAGUCCAUGCCAAACUUAUUCUGCAUACUCCCAUCAACCUGCACCUGGACCAUAGCUCUUCUUACCAGUCCCAUCCACAAACAUUUCCAAACUUACUUUUAAGUGUUGCAAUCAAGCUCACAGUGACCAGUUCUGCUGCCAGCUCAUUCCACACUCACACCACCCUUGGAGCUGUUUCCCUUUAAAUAUUUCACUUUUCACCCUUAACCUAUGACCUCUAGUUCUAGACUCACCCAACUUAAGUGGAAAAUGCUUGCUUGCGUUUACCCUAUCAUCAUCAUUACGUGCCUUGUCAUAGGUGAUCACGGUCUUGGCAAUUUUUUCUACAGAAGUGGUUUACCAUUGCCUUCUGGGCAGUGUCUUUGCAAGGCAGGUGACUGCCAGCCAUUAUCAAUACUCUUCAGAGAUUAUCUGCCUGACGUCAGUGCUCGUAUAACUAGGAUUUGUGAUAAGCACCAGCUGCUCCCAUGGCUUCACAUGACCCUGAUCAGAGGGGGCGGCGGGGGCUAUGCAGGUACCACACCUUGUCCAAGGGUGACCUGUAGGCAAGUGGAGGGAGCAGUGCCUUACACCUUUAGUAAAGACAUAUCUUCAACCCUAUCUAUACUCAUAAUUUUAUAUACUGACCUUUAACAAGUGCUCCAACAUGCACUUUUGACUUUUUCCAUAAAAUGGGCCCUUUUUCUUUACUAACCCUAUAUCCAGAUGAAGAUUUAUAAAGUUCAAUCAGUUAAUGGCAUAUGAUGUACUGUGGGAUAUUUUGCAGUGCAGGUUUGUAACCGGGCAACACACCACGCAGCAUCCACACAAAUGAGAUUUCUCAAUUUGGCAGGGCCAGAAGUUGUUUUCCCCUAGACAAACACAUGCUGGCCAAGCCUGAGGGUUACAUAGAUAUACUUAAAAAGUUAAAUAAGUAGUGCAGAAAGAAGGGGGGAGAAAGCAACACACAAAGUACCGGAGGAACUCAGCAGGUCAGGCAGCAUCUAUGGAAAAGAGUUUCAACAACGGUCGAAGUCUUGGGCUGAGACCCUUCUUCAGGACUGAAAGGUGAGGGGGAAGACGGCAGAAUAAAAAGGUGGGGAGGGGAAGGAGGCUAGCCAGAAGGUGAUAGGUGAAGCCAGGUGGGUGGGAAAGGUCAAGAGCUGGAGAAGAAAGAAUUCGAUACUGAUUUUUUAAAAAGUAGUGAGGUCGUGUUCAUGAGUUUAAUGUCCAUUCAGAAACCUGAUGGUAGAGGGAGAAGAAGCUAUUUCUGCAACAGGAGCAGCAGCAAGUGGAAGGAUCCUAACUCAGCUGGAUUCAAACAGGGCUUGAGUGGAGUUUGCAUGUUCACAGUGACUCUCAAAUUGUCUGGUUUUAUCCCACAUCUGGUGGUUUAACAAGCUUCUGUACACUAUAAACACAAGAGAUUCUGCAGAUGCUGGGAAUCCAGAGAAAUACACUCAAAAUGCCGGAGGAACUCAGCAGGUCGGGCAGCAUCUAUGGAAAAGAAUUAACAGUGUUUCAGACUGAGACCUUUUUUCAGGACAGAGAAGGAAGGAAGAAAGGCACCAUUAUACUUGGAGAAUAUAUUGCAGGGAAACUAAAGAGAAUAAUAGUGAUGAGGUUUCUCUGCUGAGAGCCAGCAUGAAUCCCAUGGGCUGAGUGGCCUAUUACAACUAAAAAAAAUUUCUGGAGCUGAAAGCAAAAAGGGUCAACAUUGCAACUGGGGCUGAUAAACACCCCCAAACAUCACAAUAAUGCAGGUACAGACAACUUGGUGCCUUAAAGGCAGAAAUAAGGACCCUGAGCAACACCUGUGGCACAAAGACAGACAGAGAUGGAGGACCUUCAUUGCUACCCUAAGCACCAGUGGUGUAACAGGCAGUAAGUAAAUCUGCCCCUCCUCUGUAGUGUCUUGCUUAACACUCAUUUUCAUUAUCUAAGUACCUAACACAUUAACUUUUGUCGUUCACAGUGAGAAACUAUUCAGACGUUGAUAAGAGUAUAAUGUAAAUUAAACUUGGUUACAUUUAACAAAGUAUAAUUAAUGCUGCCCAAUUAGUGUUUGAAAAAGACAAGUCAUGCAGUGACAAUGUUCUAAUGUUAUAUUUCAUGCCCUUAAGAACCUCUCAUGCAAGUACAAAAAGAUUUGCUUAGUGUUACCAAGGAUGUCCCGGAACGAUGUUUUGGAAAGAGAGUCAAGUUCAUACACAGGAAGCUCCCACAAACAGCAUUACAACAGGCAAAUAAUCUGUAGAAAUAAUGAAUCAUGGAUAAACAUGGGCUUGGGUGUUUGACAGUCUGUUUUUAGAAAUAUAGAAAACCUACAGCACAAUACAGGCCCUUCGGCCCACAACAUGUCCCUACCAUAGAAAUUUCCUAGGAUUUACCCAUUGCCCUCUAUUUUUCUAAGCUCCACGUACCCAUCCAAAAGUCUCUUAAAAGACCCUAUUGUAUCCACCUCCACCACCGUUGGAGCCCAUUCCACGCACUCAACACUCUGAGUAAAAAACUUAACUCUAACAUCUCCUCUGUACCUACUCCCCAGCACCUUAAACCUGGGUCCUCCUGUGGCAACCAUUUCCAUCCUGGGAAAAAGCCUCUGACUAUCCACACGAUCAAUGCCUCUCAUCGUCUUAUACACCUCCGUCAGGUCACCUUGCAUCCUCCGUCGCUCCAAGGAGAAAAGGCCGAGUUCACUCAACCUAUUCUCAUAAGACAUGCUCCCCAAUCCAGGCAACAUUCUGGUAAAUCUCCUCUGCACCCUUUCUAUGGUUUCCACAUCCUUCCUGUAGUGAGGCGACCAGAACUGAGCACGGGACUCCAAGUGGGGUCUGACCAGAGUUUUAAAUAGGUUCUUUAGGGUUUCUUUGUUUCAUGGCUGCCUGUAAGGAGAAAAAUCUCAAGGUUGUAUAAUGUAUACUUACUUUGAUAAUAAAUGUACUUUGAAAUUUGAACUACGAUUCAACCACAAUGCUCCAAAUUCAGUGUCACCUGACAUGCAGACUGCAUAAAGGCUAUAGAAUCCAUAGCAAUGCACACAAAAUGCUGGAGGAACUCAGCAGGACAGGCAAAGGGUAAACUAUUGACAUUUCAGGCCAAGACCCUUUGCUGUGAAAUGUGCUGUUUUGUGGCAGCAAGACAAAAGAUUAAUUUACAAUAAAAAUUAGCGUAGAAGAGGAAUAGAGAGGUAGUAUUCAUGGGUUCAUGAACACCAUAGGAAAAAAUGUGCAAUAAAUGUCCAGGGUUGAGAUUUUUUUACAAGGACAACGCAGAAUGCUCUGCUUCGUGAUUUAUCGUUCUAUAAAUACGGGCAGCACUGUAGCAUAGUGGUUAGUGUAACGCUAUACAACGCAGUGAUUAUGGUUCAAAUCCCGUCGCUGCCUGUAAGAACUUUGUAGGUUCUCCCCAUAAUUGCAUGAGUUUCCUCUGGGUGCUCUAGUUUCCUCCCACAUUACAAAGACAUAUUAGUUAAGAGGUUAAUUGUGCCAGAUGGGCCAGUUACUGUGCCAUCUCUAAAA